AUGAGUGGACUGAACAUUAAGAAUAUUCACACGACGACUUACCAUCCAGAGAGCAACCCGGUAGAAAGAGUAAAUCGCGAAAUUGGGCGACUCUUACGCACAUAUUGUCAUAAGCAACACACCAACUGGUUAAGGUGGUUGGACAACAUCGAAUACUGGAUUAAUAAUACCACUCAUACCACCACCGAAUGCACACCACACUACCUAAUGUUUGGGGAGAAACCCAAACUAUCAAUCACGCGGCUAAUAAAUUUCCCUAAAGGCGAUCCAAAUGAAGCAGAGCCUAAAAUAAUACAAGUUGUGAUGAAGCGAUCGAAGAAAAAGUCUGAGUUACGAAACGCCUACAAAGACAGAGACAAGAAAUUUCCACAAUACAGCGUGGGAGACUCCAUACUGGUUAAAGAGCAUCGAUUGUCAUCGGCCGAGGAUAAGGAAACACACAAACUGUUUUUACUGUACCACGGACCGUAUAUCAUACAAAAAGUGCAUCCCAACAACACAGUAACAGUUCAGGAUAACGGGAAAUUCUGCACUUUCAACCUCAAAAACAUAAAAAAAUAUUAUGCAGACAAACCCAGCAUAGGUACGUCUCAUACAAACCAGUAA